AAGAGGUCAGAACUGCACUGGAUGGACAGAAGUGAAGAAGUAAGAAUCGGAGAGGAUCUCGUCUCCCAGCCCUGAGGACGACAUCUGAAUCUUUGUCUCUUCCAGCAUCACACACCAACAGCCUAGGAAACCUGGUCACAGACUUCCUUUCUCAAAUAUUUUGUUUAUUUAAAGGACAACCAAGAUGUCAUCACAGUGAGAUAUACGGGAAGCAAAGGAAGUAAACAGAGGGAGACAGGGACACUUGCACAGCCUGAGUAGCCAGCUGGACACAGGCAGGACUGAACCGUGAGAAAGCAAGAGACACUGCGGUGUCUAGAGAGAGACUACAUGGAUUAACAGCUGGAGCCUUCAGUCAACUGGAUGUUGAGUUGCAGAGAGAAGCUCCCACUGGCGUCCGCCACUGUCUACUGCCUGCCAAUUUACUGAUCCCAACCAACCCCAGACCCCUCAUGUCAGACCUUGAACUGUUCCCUCCCUCCUCCUCCCUUCCUCCAUCCUCCUCUCCCUCCCCCUCUCCUUCCCUUCCCCAGUGCGACUACAGUGAGUGGAGCCCGACCUGGGUGCUCAUCCCCUCAGUGUACCUGCUGGCCUUUCUGCUAGGCUCCCUGGGAAACGGCCUGGUGCUCUGGGCCUACCUGGACCGGCCCUGCUCUUCCCAACCCCUGGGAGCAACCCCCUGCUCCUGCACCAAGCGCCUUUUCCAUCCCCCAGGCACAGGCUCCUCCCCCAGGCUGCCUGGCUCCUCCCGCUCCCUGACUAACUCGCUGAUCGCCAGCCUAGCGGUGGCAGACCUGGCCUUCCUUGUCACCCUGCCCCUGUGGGCUGCCUACACAGCUCUGGACUACCACUGGCCCUUUGGCCGGCCACUCUGCCAGGUCAGCAGUUACCUGGUUGCCCUCAACAUGUAUGCCAGCGUCUUCUCCCUCACAGCACUCAGCGUGGAGCGCUAUUGGCUCAUAGCCGGACACCGCCGCUCCAGCCGUGCUCAGGGGCCCGGGACUUGCAGGGUAUUGUGGGUAGUAGGAAGUGUGUGGCUGGUUGCAGGGAUGCUAGCUCUGCCUGCUCUGCUACUCAGGACUGUCAGAAAGGUGGAGCUGGGGGAGGAGCCUGAUGAUUACUGGCAGGAAGUGGAGGAGGGGGAAGGCGACCAGGUAGAUGAACACAGAGCCGUGAUCUUUUCCUGUGCAAUGGACUACUCUAGUUUGAUCUCCACCGAGCUGGGGCGAGAUGAGCGAGAGAGGGCAGAGCUCCUGUGGACAGCAGCUUUGGGGCUCAAGUCCACUCUGAUUGGCUUCCUGCUGCCGCUGGCCGUCCUAUUGGUCUGCUACUGCUCCCUAGGCCACCUCGUCAGUCGCCAUUUCAAGAAAGGCCCACGUCCGGACCCCCAGCGCCAGCGCCGUCUGCUCCGUGUCAUCGUUACCCUGGUGAUGGCUUUCUUUCUGUGCUGGCUGCCCUUCCACACCAACAAGUCCCUGUCAAUGCUGGUGGAACUGGGCCUGGUGCCCUACUCCUGCCUGCUGGACCGCACCCUGCUGGCCGCCCACCCCUAUGCCACCUGCCUAGGAUACCUCAACAGCUGCCUCAACCCACUGCUCUACGCCUGCUGCGACCCCGCCUUUAGACAGCACUGCCGUGUCCUGCUGCCCUGGGGAGGGGCAGGGGCAGGAAGGGGAUCAAGACAGGGUGGCUGGAGAGGGUGCAGGGGAAGUUGUGAAUCUCCACAAGCAGCAGACAAGGAGGAGGAUGUAGAAGAAGAGGAGGAGGACAGGGAACAGCCAAGUAGAACUCGAGAGGAAACUGUAGAUGGAAUGGAGGAGGACAAAGUAGAGGAGAUAAGGGAUAGUUAAGAGAGUGUGUGUGUUUGUUUGUGAAACACAGACUCCCUGGGAAGUGGAAAAAUCCCGAUAUUUCCAUGUGACCCUCAUGAGAAACAGACUUUAAUAUGUAAUAUGUAUUUUUUGAUAAGGAACACAUGAGUACGGUUUCAACAUGAAUUAUUGAAAUUAUGUCACUCUAUGAUAUUUGUGUUUUAAGAUCUCAAGAAAUAAUUUUGUUCCCUCUGGUUUGUGAUUAAAGACAUGUUGAACAAAUGUCAACUGAAGUGGACAGUGAGAGGCCUGGAAAAUCAUCCAAUCAGUCCAUGAGAAUGAGGUUAAGAUGUACUCUCUUUCUAAACUGUUAAAUCAUUUAUUCACCAGAACACAUUACUGUUUCCCACGGAGGCAACCGGAGCCGAGUCUAUAAACAGUAUAUUUCCACCAUGCACAACACAUACCACUGAUACUUUAAUAAAGAUAU